CCCAAGCCCAACUACUCCUUUCGGCCGCUGUUUCACGAGAGGACCACCACCGAGGACAAUUCCGUGCUCACCCAGGAAUUGUGGAAACUGGCGCGGAAGUCGGGCACCCUAAAUCUCUCCAACAAGGCAUUGGCCCGAGUAGUGACACAGGAGCAACUGCGUCGCUGGAAGUCCAAGGUCCCGCGACGAUCGAGUCCGAAAGGGCUGGUGUCAUGGAGUCCCGGCUUUGUCGACAGCAGCGCCUUGUGGUUCCAGUUCAUGUGAGGUAAUAGCGAUCGCGAUCUCUAUCUCGAACUUGACCUUGGAGCGACUGAAAAAGGCUGGGAACAUAUUUGCCGCUUGACUGGACAGCAUCCGCGCCUUAAACCGAUCCAUAAAGGUGCUCCAGGGGUGCGUCCAGAAGCCAGUCAUCGCUCGAUUCAGUCUGCCCAGUGAGCUGGUCGACGUCGAAUGAGCGACUCCAAGCAACCAACACACAAGAUUGCGUCCUCCAGGAAACAGCUCACCUCGUUCUGCAUGUGCGGUCCCUAUCCGCGGAGGCGUCGCUACUACCAGAUCCGCGAAUUCCAGAUGGCCUCCUCGGCAGACGAGCUGGAGAGCGAGGAUCCGGACGAUGAGCUGGAACUGGACGAUCCCGAGCCGCUGUCCCGCGCAGAAGCCUUGCCCGAACGACUCUACGACAUCAACGAGGCGGAUGCGGAUAGCAAGGCCGCGAAUCUAGAACAGCUAACAAUUAAAGAGGAGGACGCCUGGUGGAACCAAGUGCCAUUAAACAACCUGGACCUGAGCUCCAACACCCUCACGCACAUAUCGCCCAAAAUCGAGAACCUGCAGUCGCUGACCGUGCUUACACUCCACGAUAAUGCUUUGGUGGAACUGCCGCCAGAAAUCGGGAAGCUGGAGAAGCUAAUGCGGCUAAAUGUAAGCCACAACAAGCUUAGCCAGCUGCCCCGUGAGAUGUACAGUUUGCCGGAGCUGCGGCAUCUCAACAUCUCGUACAAUCAGUUCAACGAAAUCGAUCCGGACAUUAGUGACCUUCACAUGCUCGAGUUUCUGGACGGCGGGCAUAACAACAUUCAAUCUUUGCCCGGCGGCAUUGGGUUCCUGGUGCGCCUAACUGCGCUUCUGUUGCCCUACAAUCAUGUCAAGGAACUUCCGCCUGAUCUUGUUAACAUGCGCUCUUUGCAAAAGCUUGAUCUGAUGCAAAACGACCUGACCUGCUUGCCCGAGGAUAUGGGGUUGCUGAGAAAGCUGGAAUGCCUUUAUUUGCAGCACAACGACAUCCUGGAGCUGCCCGAGUUCGAGGGCAACAAAACCCUGAACGAACUGCAUGCCAGCAAUAAUUUUAUAAAGACCAUACCAACAGCUAUGUGCAGCAACUUGCCACACCUAAAGAUACUCGAUUUGCGGGACAACAAGAUCACCGAACUGCCGGAUGAACUCUGCCUGCUGCGCAAUCUGAACCGUCUGGAUGUGUCCAACAAUACGAUAAGCGUCUUACCAGUCACCUUGUCUUCGUUGGCGCAUUUGAUCAGUCUGCAGGUGGAGGGAAAUCCCAUCAAGACGAUCCGUCGCGACAUUCUGCAAUGUGGAACGACACGGAUUUUAAAGACGCUGCACGAGAGAGCAUUGGCCAAGUCCAAGGAGGAAGGAUCUGGAUCCGAUGGUGCCUCCACUUCAGCGGGCAUCAGUGUAACCCGUUUGCGUGCUGGCCAAUCGGACGACGGUGAUAUGCCCGCAAAUUUUCCGGAUAGCUACCACCAGCCACAGUUCCAAUGCCAGUGUGCAUAUCCAUGUCAGCAGCAAAUGCGGCAGUCUUUUUGUGUUUAUGAACCGCUUAGGAAUUGCAGGGAAUUUCAUAGCCAGGCCCAACCACACAUUUAUGAGCCUGAAAGCUACGAGCAGCAGCACCAAAAUGGCCACCUAGGAUCACUUUUCGUGCAAAAGCAGCAACAGCAAAUGCAAUAUCCCUAUCCGAACUGCUUUAUGUACCAGCAGAAGCAACAACAACAGCAGUUCACCUAUGGCUCUCGCUUAGCUGUGGAUCCUCGUUGGGUAUACAAAUUACGUCAUACACGAACAUUAGCUGUCAAUCUGGAGGAACUCACUGAAGUUCCCGACCAGGUGUUCCAAAUCGCCAAAAAUGAGGGAGUGCAUGUGGUGGACUUUGCGCGCAAUCAGCUUAGCACCUUGCCCAAUGGAUUGCAGCUCAUGAAAGAUCUGGUAACGGAACUGGUGCUGUCCAACAAUCUUAUCGGCUAUGUGCCACAGUUCAUCUCCCAGUUUACUCGUGUUACAUACCUAAACUUGUCCAACAAUUUGUUAACUGAUCUGCCAAAUGAGUUCGGUGUCUUAAACACUCUGCGUGAGCUAAACAUUGCGAACAAUCGUUUUCAGCUCAUUCCCAACUGUGUGUACGAGUUACAAGGUCUGGAGAUCCUUAUAGCCAGUGAGAACCACAUCAAAGUGUUAAAUGUGUCGGGUCUGAAAAGCAUGCCUCGUCUGAGCACAUUGGAUUUGCGCAAUAACGAUAUUGAUGCAGUGCCGCCCAUUUUGGGUAAUCUUACCAAUAUAACCCACUUGGAACUGGUGGGCAAUCCCUUUCGCCAGCCUCGCCACCAGAUCCUGAUGAAGGGCACCGAUGCAAUCAUGUCCUAUUUGCGUGAUCGCAUUCCCACAUAGAAAAGCCAUCUACACCGUUCUUGAGCAACACUUUACAAGCAAUACAUUUAUUUUUACGAAAAGCGUAACCCAAAAUUGAUAGUUCCGCUCGACCAUGCCCACACACAUUCCUCAGCUUCGGGUCUGGGUUGGCUGUGUGUGGUCAUGGGCGAGGGGUGACGGGACACAUAAGUACAACAUAAGACACACCCUGUGCAUCCAAUAACUGAACUAGUCUGCAUGUCGCAAUACCUUUUGCACCUUGUUAAUUCUGGCUAAGCAUCUACAAUAAAUGGGAAUAGUAGAGAAAA